GGCGGCGCCGCGGGCUGUCAGCGGUAGAGGGCGGCGCGGGCUCGACGGGGCGGCCAUGGCCGCGCUCAACGGCGCCGUGGAGAACGGGCAGCCUGACAGGAAGGUGCCGCCGCUGCCGCGGCCCCUGCGCAGCCUGGAGGUGAAGUACACCAAGAUAUUUAUUAACAAUGAAUGGCAUGACUCUACAAGUGGAAAGAAGUUCCCCACCUACAACCCCUCAACGCUGGAGAAAAUUUGUGACAUUGAGGAAGGAGACAAGCCCGAUGUGGAUAACGCAGUGGAAGCAGCAAAGGCGGCGUUCCAGAGGGGAUCUCUGUGGAGACAGAUGGAUGCCUUAAGCAGAGGACGGCUCUUGCACAAGCUGGCUGAUCUUCUUGAGCGAGACAGAGUCAUCCUCGCAACUCUGGAGACAAUGGACACAGGGAAACCUUUUCUGCAGGCUUAUUUCAUUGACCUGGAAGGUUGUAUAAAGACACUCCGAUAUUAUGCUGGAUGGGCUGACAAAAUCCAGGGCAGAACUAUCCCAGUGGAUGAAAACUUUGUCUGCUUCACAAGGCAUGAACCAAUGGGUGUCUGUGGAGCUAUAACUCCAUGGAACUUCCCGUUGCUGAUGCUGGUUUGGAAGAUGGCACCAGCGCUGUGUUGUGGAAAUACUCUGGUUAUAAAGCCGGCUGAACAAACUCCUCUCACAUCGCUGUACAUUGGCUCACUGAUUAAGGAGGUGGGUUUCCCUCCAGGUGUGGUGAACAUUGUGCCAGGCUAUGGCCCCACAGCAGGAGCUGCCAUUUCUACCCAUCACAGCAUUGACAAAAUUGCUUUUACUGGAUCAACAAAGGUUGGAAAACUGAUCAAGGAAGCUGCUUCUAAAAGCAACCUCAAAAGAGUGACAUUAGAGCUUGGAGGAAAAAACCCCUGCAUUGUGUGUGCAGAUGCAGACUUGGACUUGGCAGUGGAAUGUGCCCAUCAAGGCGUGUUCUUCAACCAAGGGCAGUGCUGCACGGCUGCAUCGCGAGUGUUCGUGGAGGAGCAGAUAUACCCAGAGUUUGUCAAGCGCAGUGUGGAGUACGCCAAGAAGCGACUUGUUGGAGACCCCUUCGAUGCCCGAACCGAACAAGGGCCCCAGAUUGACCAAAAGCAGUUUGACAAAAUCUUGGAACUGAUAGAAAGUGGGAAGAAAGAAGGCGCUAAGCUGGAAUGUGGGGGUCUUGCCAUUGAAGACAGAGGCCUGUUUAUAAAACCCACUGUGUUUUCAGAGGUCACUGACAACAUGCGCAUCGCCAAAGAAGAGAUUUUUGGGCCAGUUCAGCCAAUUAUGAAGUUCAAGAGUGUAGAAGAGGUCAUAAGAAGAGCCAACAAUACUGAGUAUGGACUCACGGCUGCAGUGUUCACAAAGAAUCUGGACAGAGCAUUAACAUUAGCUUCUGCAUUGCAGUCAGGAACUGUCUGGAUCAACUGUUACAAUGCGCUCUAUGCACAGGCUCCUUUUGGUGGCUUUAAAAUGUCAGGCAAUGGCAGAGAACUGGGUGAAUAUGCUUUGGCAGAAUAUACCGAAGUGAAAACAGUCACCAUUAAACUCUCCCAGAAGAGUCCAUGAAAGCAGAAGGCCUAAAAAUGCUGACACUCUGAAUGUGACACAUGGGGGACGUGUUCAGAGCAAGGGGGAGGGGAGGGGUAGGAAGGAAAAUGGAAACAGCACUUGUUUUGGAGAAACACCUUACUUUAUUCCUCUAGAAACACUGAAUCUACUGGACUCCAUUUUGUCAACUGGCUCUUCAAAAGCUGAUUUCACUGACCCUACUGGCAGCAUAGCACACACUUGUGCUAUGCAAGUCCCUGGUGCCUAUCUGUCUGCUACCUGUGAUUAAAAUACUGGUCACGGUGUUUUCAGGACAUCUGCUUUUCAGACUGUGUCCCUGAAAGACUUGGACAUCAAUGGCAUGUUAGAGUGACUUCUGGUACCAUUAGUAUGGAUUGUUAAACACCUUCAGAGGCACAUGGAUUUCACUUGGCAUAAAUGGACUUGAGUGGUAGGGCCAAUAUAACUGAAGUUGACAGAGUUUGUGUGAAGACUGCAAUCAGAGUUUUAGAUGGGAGUGUAAGCUUUCAUGGAAGGAUCUGUAAAGCAAUUCUGCUUGAAAGAGCUAUCUUGGUCUCUCUAAAGAUACAUGCAUCCCCCAUAUUGGUGAUAUUCUAGCCCUGAAUGAGGUUUAUGGGAGUUUCUUAGACAACUGCUUUGGGGCCAGUAUUUCACCCAGCAUAGCUAGACUUUACAGUGUCCUUUGAACUAGAUGUUUUGGUGUACAUGCAUACACGUGCUGCAAAUGCAAGUUACUGACUUGCUAGCCCCUCUCCUUCCAAAUGAGUCACAAUGGUAUCUCAAAGCUUCACUGUAGCACUUUCUGCAAGAGGAUUUUGCACUGUACUUACCGUGAUGACACAGAAUUGAAUGCUAAGCAUGUAGCAUGGUAGAUACUCAUGGAAAACAUCCAGGGCACAAAGACCCAAGCCAAACCUCCUUCUGAUCUGGGGGGAGGGAGCAAAAGAGCUGCAAGAAGCUGUCUUGCUCUCUCUUUCUCUGUCAUUUUCAGACUGUGUGGACAUCUCGCCAUUUUUGAGCCAGAGCUAAUUAUGUGAGUAAAACUCGCAUAACAACUCAAAAAGUUAUCCUCACUGCUUCUUUCUCCCUUAUGAAUGUAGCUUAGAAUAGAUUUCUGGAAGUUCAGUACGAAAAGGCAGGUGCUGCCAAGCACAUACUGAAUGCUAAAGAUGUGGGUGUACAAAUGAGUUACCAUGGAAUAAGCUAUGGCUGGACUUAGGUGUCAGCAGCUCUGCAGUAAUUGUCCCUGUGAGUGCUGUCAUCUUGUGGCAAGCACAGAGUAGCUGAAUCUUCACUGAGGAAUAAACUACCUUGAAUUCCCUCUUGUUUACAGUGGUAUAAGCAUGCACACAAAGAGGAUCCAUGGAGCAGCUGUCACACUAAGUUCAUGCUUUAGUAUAUCCUGCAGUAACUUCUUUGCAUGCCCAGACAUUACUUACUUUGGGCUUAAUGAAAAGCCACAUGCUGUCUUCGUUCGUGUGUUCGCUACUUCACCUGCCCCUUAUCCUCUACUGAAGAACCACUGGCAAACCUAUGGGAAGCUCCAUGUCCAUGUGGGCUGUAAGUAGGUGGAAGUUAGUGGUGUCAGCUGGUUAGGAACUUCAGCUGAUCCCAUUGGGUUAGUCCUCUAAGAGCAAACUGAUGCACGUUCCUUAGUGAAUAUCUACAGAUCUCUAUGGAGCACUGGUAAAGAUCACUGCCAGGAGUUUUCCAGAUGUCAGGGCUUGAAGCAGGAAUGCAGGUCUAGUCUCUGUUCUCUGAAGCAAGCAGGGAUUUAACCAGUAACUUCCUUUGAUCAGAGAUGUACCCAGUCAGUACAAGUGCUAUUGCAUGUGUGGACCUUUUUUGGAGAGGGAAGGAAGGUGGGUGGUGAUGAGUAAGGAGAACAUCUGCAUGGGCCUAAACUUCCUUAUUAGUUAGUGAACAUUGAAAUUGCACUUCAACACUGCUUAAUUUCUCAAAUGACAUACCUCCAACAGUUGUGUGUAACUAAGUGCCUGUCCUCCCACGGAUAUGUGAGACAGGGCUUCCACAGGUAAAUCUCCCCAUCCAGUGAAGAAAAUGUCCUCCCUACCCCAUGAAAGGCCAAAUGGGUAAAUUGUAAAUAAGUUUCUAUUUUUGUAAUACACUUAGAGUGCAAACAUCUUCUCAGACAAACGUUUUACUUUUGCCUAGUUGAUGGUUUUCUAGGGCUGCAGUCAGACAAUAGGGAGGUGAGGCAAAUAGUAAAAGGCUGGUUAUUUUGAUGUAGCUUCUAUAUUCAUUUUUGAUAAACAGCAGUUGAAAUUGAAAUCAUCUGGAACUCUUAAAAUCCUAGUAUUCUGCCUUUAUAUGUAUAAUGUAUAUUUCACCUCUUUUUUUUUCCCUAUCAAGUUUAAAAAAAGUCAAUGUAUCUCUUAUUGUAUAAAUCAGGGUUUGACUCUACACACUGAAUUUUCUAAGUUAUAUAACACUAGACACUAACUUUAAAGUAACCCCUUAGAGGGUAUAUAUUCUUUCAUUGCACAGUAAGGCUUUCAUAUGAAAUACUACUUUUUUAAGAAAAGAACUAUAUUUAUAAAUUAGGAUACAGUUAAUCUAAUGUAUUUUUAUAGUUAAAGGUACAUGGAAAUGCUAUGUUUAAACCUCAUGUAUAUAUUUAGAAUACAUGUAUCUUUUUGUAAUAGUUCGCUUGUUCCUAAUAAAUGUUUAACUUUGUGGUAUAGUUUCUAUAUGCUAUAUUCCGAUAUUGCCCAGGAAGGAUGAUAUGGGGGGGGGGGGGGACACACUUCUACUGACUUUACUCCUUUGAACAGAGAAGUAACUGUAAUCCUUUUUUGUGUACACUGAUUAGCGCCUUAAGAAAAUUCUGGCCCCUCUAAUGCAAGUUUUAAGACCCCUUCCAGCAGCAUGCUACUUCCACUCAACUCAGUCCUCCUGUCCCUGCUUUUCAUUUCAUCUCUGAAUUUGGCCCAUUGUGUCAACAAAAGCGAACACUGGAAAGGGUUAAGGUCUCAUGCUUCUAAAACAAAAUGGCCCUGUAUUGCUCUAGUUGCAGGGGGCUCUUCUCAGAACAGCGCUCUGUCUGUUCCCCUCGGUUCAGCGACCCAGCAGGAUUCCCCAAACAGGAACGUGCCCUGGGCUCACAAGGAGCGGUGUAACUUCAAGGUACCUUUUACAUGUGGCAGGACUGAAUGUAGAGUGUGUUCGUCCGUCUGUGUAUGUGGGGAUUCAGCAUCUCGCUGGGGGCCUGGGAAGGAAUCUGAACUUGAAUUCACUUCUGCAUUUUGUGAAGAAUAUCCUAUUUUAAAAAAGGCAAGGGAAGUAAAGUGCUGAAGUGUGGUCAGUGCUCUACAAAUAAAAGCUGGAUCGUGUGUUUGUUCGCUUAUCA